AUGCCCUACUUCAUCCCCGCCACCCCGGUCGUCAUGUUGCACCCCGUCGGCUACCUCGUACCGCAGCCCCAGCCCGUAUAUGUCCAGCCCGCUCCCGUUAUGGUGCCCGUCCAGCAGGCCGUACCCGCCUACCCGGCUGUGCGCAUUACCCGGAUUGCUUAG